AAGCAGCAAGCAAGGAUGGAUGUGGACAGCCUUCUCUUGAAUGGAAGCAACAUGACAGCUCCCUGCGAACUGGGGAUCGAAAACGAGACGCUUUUCUGCUUGGAUCAGCCCCAUGCUUCCAAAGAGUGGCAGCCAGCCGUGCAGAUUCUCUUGUACUCCUUGAUAUUCCUGCUCAGUGUGCUGGGAAACACGCUGGUCAUUACGGUGCUGAUUCGGAACAAGAGGAUGAGAACGGUCACCAACAUCUUCCUGCUCUCCCUGGCUGUCAGUGACCUCAUGCUCUGCCUCUUCUGCAUGCCAUUCAACCUCAUCCCCAACCUGCUCAAGGAUUUCAUCUUUGGCAGCGCUGUAUGCAAGACCACCACUUACUUCAUGGGCACCUCUGUGAGUGUCUCCACCUUUAAUCUGGUAGCCAUAUCGCUGGAGAGAUAUGGUGCAAUUUGCAAACCCUUACAGUCCCGCGUCUGGCAGACAAAAUCCCACGCUUUGAAGGUGAUUGCCGCUACCUGGUGCCUCUCCUUUACCAUCAUGACUCCGUACCCGAUUUAUAGCAACUUGGUGCCUUUUACCAAAAAUAACAAUCAGACCGCGAACAUGUGCCGCUUUCUACUGCCAAAUGAUGUCAUGCAGCAGUCCUGGCACACCUUCCUGUUACUCAUCCUCUUUCUUAUUCCUGGAAUUGUGAUGAUGGUGGCGUAUGGAUUAAUCUCUCUGGAACUUUACCAGGGAAUAAAGUUCGAUGCUAAUCAGAAGAAGUCUGCUAGAGAAAGGAAACCGCGCCCCGGCAGCGGCGGCAGAUACGAGGACAGCGAUGGGUGCUACCUGCAGCGGCCCAAGCCCCCAGGGAAGCUGGAGCUGCAGCAGCUGUCCACCAGCAGCAGCGGCAGGCUCAGCCGCAUCCGGAGCAGCAGCCCCGCCGCCAACCUGAUGGCCAAGAAGCGGGUGAUCCGCAUGCUCAUGGUCAUCGUGGUUCUCUUCUUCCUCUGCUGGAUGCCCAUCUUCAGCGCCAACGCCUGGCGGGCCUUUGACACCGCCUCUGCCGAGCGCCGCCUCUCCGGGACCCCCAUCUCCUUCAUCCUGCUGCUCUCCUACACCUCCUCCUGCGUCAACCCCAUCAUCUACUGCUUCAUGAACCAGCGGUUCCGCCUCGGCUUCAUGGCCACGUUCCCCUGCUGCCCCAACUCUGGGCCCCCAGGAGCGAGAGGGGAGGCGGGGGAGGAGGUGGAGAGCAGGACCACCCGGGCCUCUCUGUCCAGGUGCUCGUACAGCCACGCGAGCGCCUCCGCCCCGCCCCCGUGA